UUUCCAUAUUUGAAAGUUUUCAUUUUUAUCACAAACUUUUUAUUUCUUAACAGACAGAUAAACACUACUUGAAGUCAUACAUUUCAACUGAAUAUUAUGGUGGAAAACGGUCACCACCACCACCACAACCAACCACCGCAUCCGGUGGUGGCUCCGCCGAUGAGCAUCCAACAGCCGUUAGGAGCUGCUAGAGGACCUGCUUAUCCCCCCACUGAACAGCUUAAUGUCCUUAACUAUUGCAUCCAUUCCAAUCCUUCAUGGGGCCAAACUGUUUUACUUGCCUUCCAGCAUUACAUUGUGAUGUUGGGAAGUGUUGUUAUGAUCGUUAGCAUGCUUGUUCCCCAAAUGGGUGGUAAUCAUGGUGAUAAAGCUCGUGUUAUUCAAGUGGUAUUAUUUAUGUCGGGUUUGAAUACCCUUUUGCAAACUCUAAUUGGUAGCAGGCUUCCAACAGUCAUGGGGCCUUCUUUUGCUUAUCUUUUACCCGUUUUGUCGAUCAUAAAUGACCUUGCAGACGAAGAUUUCUCAUCUGAGCGUGAGAGAUUUCAUCACACGAUGAGGGCUAUUCAAGGAGCCCUAAUUAUAUCUUCAUUCUUCAAUAUUAUAAUCGGAUUUAGUAGAGCCUGGGGAGACUUUACAAAGCUAUUUAGUCCAGUUAUUAUCGUUGCAUAUGUUUGUGUAGUCGGUCUUGGACUAUUUGGUAGAGGGUUUCCUCAGCUUAGCAAAUGUGUGGAGAUUGGUCUUCCCAUGCUUUUAUUUUUGAUCGUCUUUCAACAGUAUCUGAAGCGGCUACAUGAACGGGCUCAUCCUAUUCUUGAAAGAUUCGCUUUGCUUUUUUGCAUAGCACUUAUAUGGGCUUUUGCUGCUCUUCUCACUGUAGCUGGUGCUUAUAAAAAUGUCGGUAAUGUAACAAAACAAAAUUGCAGGACAGAUCGUUCUUACCUCUUGGAAACUGCACCGUGGAUCAAAAUGUCAUAUCCGUUUCAAUGGGGUGCUCCUAUAUUCAGAGCAAGUCAUGUUUUUGGAAUGAUGGGGGCGGCUCUUGUGUCUACAGUAGAGUCCACAGGAACUAUGUAUGCUGCAUCUCGUUUUGCAGGUGCCACACCUCCUCCAGCACAUGUCAUUAGCCGGAGCAUCGGUUUUCAGGGUAUAGGCCAACUACUUGAAGGGAUAUUUGGUUCAAUUGUGGGGACCACUGCAUCUGUAGAAAAUGUUGGACUUCUUGGGCUAACUAACGUGGGAAGUAGAAGAGUGGUUCAAGUAUCGGCUGCUUUCAUGUUCUUCUUCUCCAUAUUUGGAAAAUUCGGGGCAUUCUUUGCAUCAAUCCCUCUUCCAAUAUUUGCAGCCAUAUAUUGUGUUCUGUAUGGUCUUGUUGCUUCCGUUGGAGUUACAUUUAUUCAGUUUACAAACAACAAUUCCAUGAGAAAUAUCUACAUCUUGGGAUUAUCUCUGUUCCUAGGAAUAUCAAUACCCCAAUAUUUUGUUAUGAACACUGAUCAACUCGGUAAUGGACCCGUUAAUUCUAAUGGUGGAUGGUUCAAUGAUAUAUUGAAUACUAUAUUCUCUUCCCCUCCAACGGUGGCAAUGAUUGUGGGAACGAUAUUGGAUAACACGUUGGAUGCACAUGGUGCACGGGACGAUAGAGGAAUGGGGUGGUGGGCCCCUUUUCAACAUCGUGAAGGCGACGGAAGAAACCAGGAGUUUUAUAGUUUUCCUCUCAGAAUAAACGAGUAUAUGCCUAGGAGAUAUUUAUGAUUUGUUAUCCCUGCCUUUUUUGGAUAUAAGUUUUGUUGUAUAUUGGUACUAGUUUACAUGGCUAUUGAUUUUUGAAGGAUGGUCAAAUAUGUAGGUUUAGCCUGGAAACUUAUAGAAAGCAAGAAUACAAGUUUUCAUGGGAUAUAUUGACCUUGUAGUUAUGUUUUGUGGUAGAUUUUCAAAUGGUGGCAUAUAAUUUUCACAA